UCUGAGUGCUGUUUGUGCGGGCCGUCUCAGCAGCAACAAUGCCCGUUUUAAUGACGUGCUGAGCUCCUCCACAGCCUCGCCCGGAAUAUCGAUUCGUGCAAAAUCAUCGCAAGGGAGGAUUUACGAGUUGACAAACCUUCGGUGCGGCUGUGGCUGAUCCAGUCGGACACCCCGGAGGGUCUUGAGAGGGUUUUCCUGGACCAUCUUCCAGGGGACUCUCAAAAUAGGCUUCAGAAAAUGGUUACACGCUGGAUAAAAGCAAGUGGACCACCUUGUUUAGCACAUCUUUGAGGUGCCAUGCCUACCCCAUAUCACCCAUUGAGGGGAACCCCUCAUCAAAAAAAGAACGGUUUCCUCACUUGAUUUGGAACACCACAUGAUAGAAAUGGCCUUAGCUUGUUUCAGGUAUCAAACGGUUGGGUACAUAUUAAUUUACAGGUGAAGCUGGGUUCUUAGUCCAUGCCAACAGGCCCAGAAGAGGAGGCUUGAACCCAGCUUUCAUGAUAUAGUAUCCAUCCACCUGCCCGACAAGGUCGAAUCAUGGCUGCUGCAGAAGAUAUAAUUGAUUCUUUGGUAAAACUAGGAGUAAGAAAGUAAAAAAAAAAAUGCAGCGGAACGGUGGCGGACUUGGAGCCGGUGGGCAGCCUUGGGUGUUAAGGCGUGUGCGUCUUACCUGGCUCAGUUUCAUGCUCUUCUUUAUCCUGGUUUUCUUCCCGCUCAUUGCUCACUACUACCUCACGACCAUCGAUGAAGCUGGGAGUCCAGAUAAGCGUAUCUUCGGGCCCCGGCCCGGUGGCGAAUUGUGCGAGGCCAAACACGUGCAAGACCUGUGCCGCAUACGUGAGUCUGUCAGUGAAGAGCUGCUACAGCUGGAGGCCAAGCGGCAGGAGCUCAACGGCGAGAUCGCCAGGCUCAACCUGCGCAUUGAGGCUUGCAAGCGCAGCAUUGACAGUGCCAAGCAGGAUCUCCUGCAACUGAAGAAUGUCAUCAGCCAGACAGAGCAUUCCUAUAAAGAACUAAUGGCCCAGAAUCAGCCGAAGCUUUCUCUGCCUGUCAGGUUGCUUCCUGACAAAGAAGACCCAGGACUCCCACCACCGAAAUCCGCCCGCUCUUGCCGCCUACACACCUGUUUCGACUAUGCCCGCUGCCCCCUCACAUCUGGAUUUCCUGUGUAUGUGUAUGAUGUGGGGUCCUAUCCAUGGGGGGAGCAUAUUGACCCACUGGUUAAGCAGGCUUUUGCAGUGUCUGUCAAGAGCAAUAUUUAUGUAACAGAUAACCCCACCAUUGCCUGUCUGUAUUUGGUGCUGGUUGGAGAGCUACUGGAGUCUCCCACAUCCCCACCUCCUAAUCCUCUAGAUUUAGAGAAACAACUAAAAGCUCUUCCUUACUGGAGAUCAGAUGGGCACAAUCAUGUACUUGUGCAUCUUUCAAGAAAGUCCACAAUACAGAAUUUCUUGUAUAAUGUAAGCACAGGGCGGGCAUCAGUUGCUCAGUCCACUUACCUGGAGCAGCAGUACCGUGAAGGCUUCGACUUGGUUGUGUCCCCACUGGUGCAUGCCCUCUCGGAACCCAACUUUUUGGAAGUGCCUCAUCAGGUACCAGUGAAAAGAAAAUAUCUCUUCACAUUCCAAGGAGAGAGGGUAGAGUCACUGAGGAGCCGCUUGCAGGAAACUCAUCCUCAGUCGUUUGAGGAAGAGAUGGAAGGAGAUCCACCAGCUGACUACGACGAUCGUAUCAUCGGCACCUUAAAAGCAGUACAGGAUAGCCAUUUAGACCAGGUGCUUAUAGAGUUCACCUGUAAAAUCCCUAAGCCCAGUUUGCCAACUGAAUGGUCUCUUUGUGGGGAACGAGAAGACAGACUAGAGGUACUGAAGACAUCUACUUUUGCUUUGGUGAUUGCACCGGGCGAUGGUCAGCUGGUAGCCUCAGCAGGCUGUGGAAUGAGGCUUUUUGAAGCUUUAGAGGUAGGGGCCAUCCCCGUAGUGCUAGGGGACCACUCUAAACUACCCUAUCACCAGUUUAUUCGAUGGAGCGAAGCAGCCAUUAUGGUGCCCAAGCCUCGUGUGACAGAGUUACACUUCCUGCUGCGGAGCCUAUCAGACAAUGAUAUGUUAGCUAUGAGACGACAGGGACGCUUUCUGUGGGAGACCUACUUCUCCACCUCAGAGAACAUACUUAAUACUAUCCUGGCUAGCAUUCGUACAAGGAUCCAGGUUCCUGCUGCACCCAUAAAUGAGGAGCCAGCACAAGAGAUCCCCCACAAAGCGGGUAAACUUGCUGGGACUGAUGCCAACCUUGCAGACAAUGGCGAUCUUGAUUUAGGACCUGUAGAAACGGAGCCACCCUACGCUUCUCCUCGCUUUCUCCGCAACUUCACCUACACCGCCGUGGACAUCUACCGAACAUGGAACAGUGCUCCCGGCCCUUUUCAUUUGUUUCCCCACACUCCCCUGGACCCCGUUCUGCCCUCUGAAGCUAAAUUCCUUGGUUCGGGUACUGGUUUCAGGCCCAUCGGUGGCGGUACUGGAGGAUCCGGGAAGGAGUUCCAGGCAGCUUUAGGAGGGAAUGUUCCCAGAGAACAAUUCACUGUGGUCAUGUUGACAUAUGAGCGUGAAGAAGUGCUGAUGAACUCUUUGGAGAGGUUGAACGGACUGCCAUACCUCAACAAGGUGGUGGUGGUGUGGAAUUCCCCCAAACCUCCUUCAGAUGACCUGCUGUGGCCUGACAUUGGGCUACCCAUUGUGGUUGUCCGCACAGAGAAGAACAGUCUCAAUAAUCGCUUCCUUCCCUGGGACGUCGUAGAGACUGAGGCCAUCCUCUCGAUAGAUGACGACGCCCAUCUGCGUCAUGAUGAGAUCAUGUUUGGGUUCAGAGUGUGGCGAGAGGCCAGGGAUCGUAUCGUGGGGUUCCCUGGGAGGUAUCACGCCUGGGACGUCAACCAUCAGUCCUGGCUCUACAACUCCAACUACUCCUGCGAGCUCUCCAUGGUGCUGACAGGAGCAGCGUUCUUCCACAAGUACUACGCCUACCUGUACUCAUACGUGAUGCCCCAGGCCAUCAGGGACAUGGUGGACGAGUACAUCAACUGUGAGGACAUCGCCAUGAACUUCCUUGUCUCGCACAUCACCCGCAAACCGCCUAUCAAGGUGACGUCUCGUUGGACUUUCCGCUGCCCCGGCUGCCCUCAGGCCCUGUCGCACGACGACUCGCAUUUCCACGAGCGCCACAAGUGCAUCAACUUCUUUGUCAAAGUGUACGGCUACAUGCCGCUGCUCUACACGCAGUUUCGAGUGGACUCGGUGCUGUUCAAGACCCGCUUGCCGCACGACAAGACCAAAUGCUUCAAGUUCAUCUAGCGGGCGGAGGAGCGAUCGCAGGUAUGGCGGAGGAGCCGCAAAACACGCUUUGAAUACGACCCCGGAAGCGGGGGGUGUGGCCCACUGAAGCUGGCGGGCAGCUCCACACCUCCCCUCAGGGCCUCACUGCCAGCCAAAAAAAAAGAAGUCCUUCAAGUGGAUUAAGGUCCGUUUUUCAUGUUCUUGUCAUCAUGCUUGGUGGUGAACCACACACCACUACAGAUAUUCUUUUUUUUUUUUUGUAUUCCUCCUACUGAGGAAAGGAUGUACAGAGAAUAUGAGAAAAUCGCCACGGGACUCACGGCUAGCCUGGUGUCGGCCUGCACACUUUCAUUGCCUCUCUGCUUUUUUGUCUUUUUCAUUUCACAGCAACUAACUGCACGACUUGUACAUACUGUAUAUGUGAGAGAAGCACUGAUUGUCAGAAGUAUUUUAUUGAGCAGGUUUCUUUUAGUUUUGACGUUUCAUCGUGGGCAAAACCCUCUUGUUUUUUCCCGUUCUUAGUCUUGGACCACCGACCGAAAAACAUUUAGCCAGUAAGUCACCAUAAUGCCUCAAUUUUGUCAUGGAAACCAGCCACCAAUUAUUUAGUGUGUACAAUUACUGGUGUGCUGCUUUUUAUGAAGGAGUAUUAGAGCCACACUGAGAAGAAUACAAAAUAAUACUACUACAAUUGUACCCAAAUGACAAAAAACAAGUCAAAUCUCUGUUUGUUUUUUUGUAAUCCUUCCCAAAAAGGUCAGACAAAAAACUAAUCAUAAGAAAACCCAAGCAAGAAAUAAUGUAAAUCCAAUGAAUACGUUCCAUACCACCCCAAAAAUAUUAACAAAAAUACACUAUCAAUAUUUGUAGUUGUACAUGCAGAGAGCAAUGCCAAAUACACAGUUGAAAACAUUCCUUUUACCUUUUAUUGAAGACUUCUUGGCGAACAGCAUCGUUGCGGAUAAUUAGUUCCACAAGUAAAUUUCCACAGAAUUCAAAAUAUCUUUUAUUUUUGCAAAUAAUUUUUUUAUGUUUUUUAACAUUAAUGAAAGCAUUCCAGGCAUGAAAUAACACCAAUAUACACAAUAUAUUUGCCAUGAUAACAAGAAAAUGACAUUAGAUAUAUUGCAUUGUUUACGGUAUGCCACAAGUGAAGAAUUGGGAAAAAAAGAAUCAGAUGUAUUUUUUUUUAACUUUUUUUUUACAUAUAUAAAUAUAUA